UUCCAUUCCUAUAUUCAAGCUUUCCAAUACAAAGCUUCAUAUUAUCUUUUUUAGUUCCGACAAAAGAAAACGAAAAAAAAGAAGAAGAAAUACAAUCGUUUUCUUUUUGAAGUCGGGUUUUAGUUUUUGGGGUGAAAAAAAUGUUGGGAGUAUUUAGCAGUGCGAUAGUGUCUCCGCCGGACGAGCUGGUGGCGGCCGGUUGCCGAACUCCAUCACCUAAGAUAACGGCGGACGCUCUGGUGAAACGGUUCCUUGAGACGAACUCCUCCGGCGUGUCCAUGCAGAUCGGAGACCAUGUCCAAUUCGCUUAUUCUCACCAUAAAGAGUCUCCUUUACAGCCCAGAUCAUUUGCUGUGAAAGACGAAAUCUUCUGCUUGUUUGAGGGAGCCCUUGAUAACUUGGGGAGUUUAAAGCAGCAAUAUGGUCUGGCAAAGUCUGCAAAUGAAGUGAUAUUGGUCAUUGAAGCUUACAAGGCCCUUCGUGACCGAGCACCCUAUCCUCCAAACCAUGUGGUUGGCCAUCUAAUUGGGAGCUUUGCUUUCAUUGUCUUUGACAAAUCCACCUCCACUUUGUUUGUGGCUUCUGAUCAAUUUGGUAAGGUUCCUCUCUAUUGGGGAAUCACCGCCGACGGAUAUGUGGCCUUUGCUGAUAAUGCUGAAUUGCUGAAAGGUGCCUGUGGCAAAUCUCUUGCUUCUUUCCCUCAAGGCUGUUUCUACUCCACAGCAGUAGGAGGAUUAAGAAGCUAUGAGAAUCCUAAGAACAAGAUCACUGCAGUGCCUGCUGAAGAAGAGGAGAUAUGGGGUGCUAAAUUCAAGGUGGAAGGGCCAGCUGUUGUUGCUGCCACAGAGUAGUCCUUUGCUUUCUCCUUCUAAAUCUAUGGAUCCAUGGAAUUAUAGGAGCUGCAAAUGCAUAGCAUAUGGAUCAGUCUCCAUAUGAAAGUACUUGUAGAGUGGGAAAUGAAAAGAAGAAAAAGAACUGUUUGGUUAUGAGAAAUGGUAGUAACUCUCUGUUUAGGUAGCUUUAUGUUAAAACUAGCUUUUAUUCCUGUUUCGUCCUUUGUACAUCAUAAUGUCAGCUUCAACUUCGAGUCUAAUAAAAGCUUGUUCAUCUAA